AUGCCCUGGCCCAAGCGUGUCGGCGACCUCCCCGCGAUUGCCUGGACUGCUUUUCAACGCUGUCCCGUUUGGCCUCACCCUAACCCAUCCUCCCUCUGCCUGUGCCCGCUGCACCCGUACAGCUACUGCCGCGACUGGAUUGCCGUGCUUCGCGUCAUCUGGACCUACAAGCAGGCCCUCAAAGCAGAUGAUAGCAAAACCGACCGGGAUCAGAUUAUGGCCAAUUGCCACGAGCAAGCGGCUGCCAUCUUGCGUCAACUCUUUGAAACGAAUGGCGGCAUCUACAUUAAGCUAGGACAACACCUUGGCUUACUCGACUACAUUAUUCCAGAGCAGUACGUCAAGGCAAUGCAGGUUUUCUUUGAUCGGGCACCCACCUCUUCGUAUGAAGACGUAAGGCGCGUUGUACAAGAAGACUUGGGAGCUGACAUUGAAACCCUCUUUUCCUCUUUUGAUUUUGCCCCUUUGGCGUCGGCUUCCCUGGCUCAGGUUCAUCGCGCUGUCUUGCGCGAUGGCCGUGAAGUGGCUGUCAAGGUACAGCAUUGGGGGUUGCGUGAGGAUAGCGUCGGUGACAUUUACACCGUUGCCGUCCUUGUGGAACUGACCAAGCGCAUCUUUCCCGAUUUCAACUACACUUGGCUGGUCGAGGAAAUUCAGAAGAACCUGCCGCGCGAACUUAAUUUCGUAGAGGAGGCCGCCAAUGCGCGUCGCUGUGCCGCCAUGCACGCCGACCGCCACGACGUGCAUAUUCCCGAGAUUGUGGAAGACAUGACGUCUAGCCGUGUCCUAACCAUGGAGUUUUGUCACGGCAUUCCCCUCACCGAUGUGGCCAGCAUCCGUGCUGCCAAAGUCGAUAUUGCUGCCAUCUCACGCACCGUGACUGAAAUGUUCAGCGAACAAAUCUUUGUACAUGGCCGUGUUCACUGUGAUCCUCACCCAGGCAAUGUCCUGGUUCAAGCUGAUGGUCACGGUCGCGCACGCAUUGUCUUGCUGGACCACGGCCUGUAUCGCGAGCUACCCGAGACCUUUCGCCUCGAGUAUUGUCGCCUGUGGCGAGCCAUCAUCGAAGGGGAUGCUGCGGGCAUUGAGCGACACGCAACCACCAUGAAUGCCGGCGAAUAUUACCCACUCUUCGCAGCCAUGUUGACCUACAAGCCCUGGGAUGCCGUUGUCGGGCGAGGGUCAGAUCGCCUCGAGCUCUCUGGAUCGGCGCGCGAAAAGGCUGAAGUUCGACGCAAUGUGGGCAAGUACUUGCGCCAGAUCAAUGCUCUCCUGGCCCGCGUGCCCCGCGACCUUUUGCUGCUCUUGAAAACGAAUGACUGCUUGCAUGGUUUGGAAAAUAAUCUGCGCGCCGCUUUGGAGCGACCCUCGGAUCUGCUGCCCGCGUCUCGUCCGAUCUUUAACUUUGCCGACGUCGAUGACGUAAUCAAAGUUUUGCGUGGUUAACACGUGUCCUUCUGGUACUAGAGCCGGGCCGAGCCGCGGCCGAUUUGUGAUAGCAGAAAGCAGGGAGUUUUGGCUGUUUGCCCAAAAAAACAGCCUCGAAACCAUGGCAUCUUUCCACAAGAAAUUGACAUGUUAAGC